AUGUCGAGAAACAUUUUAUUAUUAUUAUUCAUUACUAUUUUUUAUUAUUGUAAUGCUGAUCCAUCGUCAUCAUUGUCAAUAAAUGUACCAUCAGAAAAUCGCACGGAACGUGUUGUAUAUAUAUCUCUUCCAUCAAUAUUUUCAAGAGAUAAAAUUUCUUCUUCUUCUCCAUCAUGUAAAAAUUGUUUUCAUUUUCGUACAAUUAAAGGAGGAAGUCGAAUGUUAAUUGAUCCUUGUGGAGAACCUGAUUGUGUUCCAAUAAUAAAAAGCCCUAACUUACAAGAAAUUGAACCAACCGAAAAAUACGAUUUUGAACAAUGUGGAAUAUUUGAUAAAAAAGAUAAUUCAAUUGUAAAUAAAGCAUUACAAUUAAAAGUAAGCACAAGUGUUAAAAAUACUUUACGUCCUGCUGAAUAUCCUUGGCUUGUUCGUAUAGAAAGUCGUUCGGAUAUUUUCUCACGCACAGUAACACUCUGUGCUGGAACACUUAUCCAUCCACAAUGGAUCAUAACAGCUGCUCAUUGUAUGUUUGAUACUAAGAAAAAUAGUCCUUAUGCAACAAAUGGUAUUACUUUAUAUAUGGGUCAUUAUGAUCGCUCAACCAGUAGCCUAAAUGAACAUGUAGCAAAACCUAUUUUAUAUUUGAUUCAUCCAAAAUUUCGUCUUAGUAUUUUAUCACCAGCACCAAUACAUGAUAUAGCAUUGAUUAAAUUAGAAAAACCUGUACCAUUAUCACAUUCAAUUGGUAUUGCCUGUUUACCCGAACGAACAGAUAAAUUAGCUGAUGGUACAUUAGCAUUUACAGCUGGUUGGGGUCAUUCAUCACCAGAUUCAACAGCCGUUAAUAUACCACGAAAAGCAAGAUUAAAAGUAGCUCCAAAAUCAUGUCGAAAUUUAAUGAUCAAUCAUAAAUUACAUAUAUGUGGAAGAAAUGAUCGUGGAAAUAAUAUUUGUAGUGGAGAUUCAGGCGCUGGUUUAAUGAUACGUGCUGGUAUUAAAUUAAAUAGAAAUCGAACACAAUGGAAAUGGUAUAUAUUUGGUGUAGCUAGUUAUGGUCUUGAAGAAUGUUCACAAAAUGUUAAUCAUGAUAAUGCAUUUGCAUCUGUUUCAACGGAUAUUGACUGGAUAGAUGAAGUUAUAGAUAAUUAUUAA